AUGAUGCUUAAUAACAUCAUUAAACAAUCUUCUUCUCAUCAUGAAUCUCAUUUUCAAGAACGACAUACAACGUUUCUUGAACUAUGUUUUCUUUGUAGGAAAAGGUUGUUACCAGGAAAAGACAUCUAUAUGUACAAAGGAGAUAAAGCUUUCUGUAGUGUGGAAUGUAGAUGCAAGCAGAUUUUCAUGGAUGAGGAAGAAACAGAAAGCAACAAUAUUCAGAAUGAGAACUGUUACUUUGCUGCAAUAUCUUCAUCUUCUUCAUCUUCUUCUACUUCAGAAGGUUCUUAUCAUAAAAAAGGAAGAAGGAACCAAAACGGUGGUUUUGCUUAUUGA